ACGGUGGACAAGAGCCACAAAGAAAUUAAAGCAAAGCGAUUUUGGCCAAGUUUAGCAAUGCAGGUGAGGCAAUUUAUUAACCUUGUAAAAAAAUGGGACCUAAUUUAGAUGAGCAGCCAUUUAUAGCAUGCGGUGGAAAGCAAAUCAAGGUCAAUGGUGGAAUACCAAAAAGCUAAAAUGGAGGGAAAUGCGGUUAGGAGAGAGAAAAUGUGUAUCAUUCGUUUAAUUGCAAACAUAACAAACUUUUAAAUAGAAUGCCUGAAAGCUCUCCUGUCCAGACUCCAUUUCUGACGUUCAUGGCAUUAAGAUUGAACCUCAAAAUCCGAACAACAACAGGACGAUAAAGGAAGAGAUAUAGGAAUAUAUAUUGUCGUUGGGUUUCUUGAUUCCCCUCUCUGCCUUAGCUUGAUUCUAAGGCAGAGAGUUCUCUGCCUGAACCAAAAUAUUAUUUAAAAUAAUAAAAAAUGGUGUUUCAAGAUUUUGAUAUAAUACAGGAACGUCGAAGACAGGAGAGACAACGGAAACUCAAAAAGAGGCUUAUCAUUGCCUUGGUGGCUAUCUUUGUUAUUGCUGGUAUAGCGGCGGCCGGAGCGCUUGCUUUUAUCUCUAUGAAAAAUAGUAGCAAGAAAUCAGAAAAAAACAAAAGCGAUGAUAAUAGUAAAGCCGACGACACUCCAUCACCUUCAUUCGGGGAAGGAGCGAGUGAAUUCAUAAAAUCCUUUUGCGAAAUUUCUACUUUCAAGGACUACUGCGCCAACACUAUUGGGAAGACACUAGAAGAAAAUCCACAAUCCGCGACUCAACCCAAAGAACUUGUCAAGUCUUUUAUCACCAAAACAACUGAUGAGCUUGACAAGGCUUUCACCAAAGCCAGCACGUUCGAAUUGAAAACCGAUGUGGAGAGAAAAGCGUUUGAUGUUUGUAAAGAAGUGAUGGCCAAUGCCAAGGAAGAAUUACAGAGUUCCGUUGAUAGAGUAGGAACAAUAGAACCAGGGAAGUUACCAAGCAAUGGUGAUUUGAACACUUGGUUAAGUGCUGUAAUGUCUUACCAAGAAACCUGCAUUGAUAGUUUCCCUGAUGGACCAUUGAAGAAUGAUUUCAGGACUACCCUUAACUCUAGCCAGGUUUACACUAGCAAUUCCCUUGCCAUGGUCAGACAAUUAUCUUCUUUGAUGACUUUAGGUAAGGAAAAGCCACCAGCCAAACGCCGUCUUUUACAAACCAAGUUUCCUUUGUUGGCCAAGGGUGGGUAUCCGAGCUGGUUUAACCAUGAAGAACGCAGGCUGUUGAAGGAAGCAGAUGAUGACAAGAAGCCAAUUCCCAAUGUAACAGUGGCACAAGAUGGUAGCGGAAAUUUCAGAACUAUUAAUGAAGCACUUGCUGCUGUGCCACAAAAAUACGGGGGAAGGUAUGUAAUAUAUGUCAAGGCAGGAAUAUACGACGAGACUGUAAUCGUUCCAAAGAAAAUGGUAAACCUUACCAUUUUUGGUGAUGGAUCACAAAAGAGCAUUAUCACUGGAGCCAAAAAUUUUGUUGAUGGAUUCCCCACUUACCAGACGGCAAGUUUUGUGGCUUCUGGUCCUGGCUUUAUCGCAAAAAGCAUGGGCUUUAGAAACACCGCUGGGCCUGAUAAACAUCAAGCAGUGGCCGCAAGAGUCGAUGGUGACAGGGCCAUUUUCCUCAACUGUCGUUUCGAAGGAUUCCAAGACACCUUAUACACACAAACUCACCGUCAGUUCUACCGAAGUUGCGUGAUCGCCGGCACCAUAGAUUUCAUCUUCGGCGACGCGACAGUCGUGUUCCAGAACUGUUUAAUUUAUGUUAGGAAGCCCAACGACAACCAAAAGAACAUCGUCACCGCCCAAGGGAGGAAAGACAAGUUAGAAACAACGGGCAUCGUUAUACAAAACAGUAAAAUAUUACCAGAGGAACCAUUCAAACCGCUCGCAAAACAAUUCAAGAAUUAUCUAGGAAGGCCAUGGAAGGUAUACUCGAGGACCAUCAUAAUGGAAACACUGAUCGAGGAUUUCAUUGACCCUGCUGGAUGGCUUGAAUGGGAAGGCGACUUUGCACUAAGUACCCUUUUCUAUGGAGAGUUCAACAACACAGGGCCUGGCGCAAGAACUGACGGUAGGGUGAAAUGGGCAGGACGAAGAGAUAUUAACAGAGAAGAAGCCCAGAAAUAUACAGUAGAAACAUUCUUAAAGGGAACAUGGGUAAAGGAAGCAGGCGCUCCUGUUCGUAUGGGACUGGGGAGUUAAGGAUUCGUUUCUCGUAUAUUGAUUAUAUCUCAAGAAACGGAACUAGUGAAACAGAGAUAUAUUCAAUGCCAUGAAUAUAGAUGUUUUUGGAUUCCUCUCAUCUCUAGCAAGUGUUUCCUUGAGUUGAAAAAAACCAAAAAAAAGUUUGAGCGUAAUUGAUAUUUUAUUGAAUUUUUUUUUAUACUCCUCAACUAAAUUAAUACAUAUAUACUACGAUAU